UAUGUGAUCCACACGUGUUUCAGAGAGAAGGGAAAAGAUCGUAAAAAUGAGCAAAAAGAGACAAGAAAUAUGGCAGGUUUGCGAGAUCUGUGGUAGACUAGUGUAUGUACGACAUGUUGAAGAUCAUAAAACUCUAUGUGAUGGUCGUGGUAUAGAGUUAUUAGACAAGUACUGUUUCAUUGAAGAUGGUGUCUUGUAUGGUAGAGUUGUGGACAGACAGGCAAAGCUCAUUACCGACAGUAAAUUCCCAUUGCCAUCCAGAGAUGACAUCAUCUUACUGAACAUUAAUACAAUGAGAACAGCCAAGAUUUGCAUUGGUGGAAAAGUCCUUUUGAAAUCACAAUCAAAUUAUGCUGUCUGUCUUGCUUGGCCAUCAAGUUCAAUUUCACCUGAAUGUGUGGCACUUUCUUCUAUAUGUAUCUUAAACUGCAAGUUGUCUUCAGGUGAUCCCAUCCAAGUUAGCAAACUAAAUGGAAUAUGCAUGCAUGCUUCAAAGGUUGAACUCCAGUUAUGCAACCAGGUGGAGUUUGAAGUAAACAAGUCAUUCACGAAUUACUGCCUACAGCAAUUAGAUGGGCAUCACAUUUCCGAAGAUGAUUUUUUAGAUGUCACAUAUUAUGGUCAAGCAAGAAGGUUAAAGGUUUUAAAUGUGUCGGGUCCAAAGAAUACUACUUCAUUUGUAACACUAAAAAAAGACAAAAGCUUUGGUAUUGCGAAUAUGGAAAAUAGAAAAACUGAAUCAAACUGUGAUGAUAAAAGAACUUGUGGAGAUGAUUCUAGUCAAGAAUUGAGUCAGCAACUGCUGUCUUUAUCACUUAAUGCUGCUACAAUUUUGGAUGGCAAAAAUCAAAAGACUUCAAAUGUUGAUAACAGUAAACAUUGCAAACUUAGCUCUAGUAUGGAAACUGAUAGUCUAACAGAGCAGAACAGGACCAAUGAAAGUACUAUACCUCAUGAUCAGCUCUAUUAUUAUGUGUCAUCUGAUGAGACAUUUUUGACUGUUGUCCCACAUGGCACAACAAGAAGCUCUGAUAAGACAUCUAGGAAUAAGCUGACUUUUAGUUCAAUUGGUGGGCUUGGUGCACAAGUACAGGCUGUACGAGAGAUGGUAGAAAUGCCUCUAAAACACCCUGAAUUGUUUUCUGCAUAUGGUGUUCCACCUUCUCGUGGUGUCCUGCUGUAUGGACCAUCAGGUACUGGUAAAACCAUGGUUGCACGUGCAGUAGCCAAUGAAACAAGGGUGCACUUUAUAUGUAUUAAUGGUCCGGAUAUCUUAAGCAGGUACUACGGUGAGUCUGAAGCUCGUUUGAGGGAGAUAUUCAGCGAAGCAGAAGAACAAGCGCCGAGUAUUGUUUUUAUCGAUGAGAUCGAUGCGCUGUGUCCACGACGAGACAAAGUGCAGAACGAAUUUGAGAAACGAGUUGUUGCUACACUCCUGACGUUGAUGGAUGGUAUGGACAAGGGCGUAGGUCACGUGAUGGUUUUAGCAGCCACGAAUCGACCUGACGCACUCGACCCAGCCCUUCGUCGGCCAGGUCGAUUCGAUAGGGAAAUAGAAAUAGGAAUACCAAAUGUAGCCAGCAGACGCGAGAUAAUUACAACUGUGUUAAGGAAUGUACCAAACAGCCUACGAGACGACGAAAUUACGAGCUUUGCUGAUACCUCGCAUGGAUACGUCGGAGCAGACUUGGCAGCUGUUUGUAAAGAGGCCGGGCUACUGGCUUUUAAGCGUUGCCUUGGUAACGAAAAUCGUGGCAGUUCGCAAAAUGAGAAGACCGAAGUUAAAGAUGAACGAGUCAAGAAUCAGUUACUCGUGACAAGUGAAGACAUGAAGCUGGCGUUCAGGCAAGUUCGACCCAGUGCCAUGAGAGAAGUAGCUCUUGACAUCCCUAAGGUUCGUUGGAAUGACGUUGGAGGAAACAAAAUGAUCAAGCAGAAACUAAGAGAGGCUGUCGAAUGGCCUUUGAAACACCCAGAGGCGUUCCAUCGCAUGGGUAUACGCCCACCACGUGGUAUUCUUAUGUACGGGCCCCCUGGCUGCAGCAAGACCCUUAUCGCCAGGGCGUUAGCUACUGAGACAGGACUAAACUUUAUUGCUAUUAAAGGACCUGAGCUGUUCAGUAAAUGGGUUGGCGAGUCUGAGAAGGCAAUACGAGAGGUUUUCCGCAAGGCGCGCGCUGCAGCUCCUUCCAUUGUAUUCUUUGACGAGAUUGAUGCUGUUGCUGUACAGCGAGGUAGUGAUGGUGAUGGCCAUGGAUCGUCUGUGUCUGACCGAGUUCUAACCCAACUUUUGACAGAAUUAGAUGGCGUAGAAACACUCAAAGAUGUGAUCUUGAUAGCAGCAACCAAUAGACCAGAUAUGAUUGACAAGGCACUCAUGAGGCCUGGCAGACUAGACAGAGUAAUUUAUGUACCUCUUCCUGACUGGGACACUCGAGAAGACAUCAUAAGAAUUCACCUAAAGCGGACUCCCUGUGGUGACGAUGUUAAAAUCGAAGACUUGGGCGAAAGGACUGAGGGAUACUCCGGAGCGGAGAUUGCUGCCGUGUGCAAAGAAGCCGCAUUGUCAGCACUAGAGGAAGACAUCCAGGCGAAAGAAGUAAGGUGGAGACAUUUUGAGAAAGCUCUUUCAGCCGUGAAACCAAGAAUCAACAUGGAAAGUACGAAAUUUUAUGACAAAUUUCAGCAACGGAUUGGAAUUCAUUCCAUCUGAAAGAGUUUUUGAGCUAAUGGAUGAGUUUUUGGCACAAAAAAAUAUAGUGAAAACGUCCGUUAAACGAUAGAAAAAUGGAAAAAUAAGACAACAUGUACAAGAAACUACAUUCUGAGAGGUAAAUCGAGAAUAAAAUCCAGCUUUCGUUCAGAUCAACGAAAGGCAAAA